CGCAGGGCGGGCGGCAGGCGCGCGCUUAGUGCGUGUCGCUCCGCCGUGUGAACAGCCCGCUAGGCCAGUUGGCGUAUUUUUUCGACCGGACCGUAGAACCAAAAAGCCGCCACCAUGGACGCGAUUAAGAAGAAGAUGCAGGCGAUGAAGCUGGAGAAGGACAAUGCCAUGGACAAGGCAGAUACCUGCGAACAGCAGGCCAGGGAUGCCAACCUCCGUGCCGAAAAGGUAAACGAGGAAGUCCGUGAACUCCAAAAGAAACUCGCCCAAGUAGAAGAAGACCUUGUUGUUAACAAGAACAAGCUCGAACAGGCCAACAAAGACUUGGAGGAGAAGGAAAAGCAGCUGGCCUCCACCGAGGCGGAUGUGGCCUCACUCAACAGGAAGGUGCAACAGAUUGAGGAGGACCUCGAGAAGUCUGAGGAGAGGUCUGGCACAGCUCAACAGAAAUUGCUCGAGGCACAACAGUCUGCUGAUGAGAACAACCGUAUGUGCAAAGUAUUGGAGAACAGGGCACAACAAGAUGAGGAGCGUAUGGACCAACUUACAAACCAAUUGAAGGAAGCCCGUCUGCUCGCUGAAGACGCUGACGGCAAGUCUGAUGAAGUUUCACGUAAGCUGGCCUUCGUUGAAGACGAACUUGAAGUCGCUGAAGACCGUGUCAAGUCUGGUGAUGCCAAAAUCUCUGAACUUGAAGAAGAAUUGAAAGUUGUAGGUAACUCCCUUAAAUCCCUGGAAGUGUCAGAAGAAAAGGCCAACCAGCGUGUAGAAGAAUUCAAAAAACAGCUGAAGACCCUCACUACCAAACUGAAGGAGGCCGAGGCUCGUGCUGAGUACGCCGAGAAGACAGUCAAGAAACUGCAGAAGGAAGUCGACAGGCUUGAAGACACACUGUUCAACGAUAAGGAGAAAUACAAGGCGAUAUGCGAUGACUUGGACGGCACAUUCGCCGAACUCACAGGAUACUAACCGAUUCCUCACAUUUAGACUAAGUCAACAGUUCCAAAAACAUUAUCCAGAAAAUCCAAAUUACAUUAACAUUAUUUUUAAACUUAAUUUCAUCUUAAUUUAUUCACUCUCCAACCACCAACAAACCCUCAUCUUUCAAUCUUUUGUGACU